UUGGCUUACUACGAUGACACAUCUCAUUGCACAGAUCUGCGCUCUCUCCUCUCUCCUCAUUGCUGUCACGUUGGCUGUCAAUUGCCCAAGAGGUACAUAUAAGACUCAAAAUACGUGCAAACCCUGUCCAGCAACAAGCUUCUCCAACGAUGAAAACCUCAGGCGGUGUCAACGAUGCCAGUCAUGUUUCGGGAGCAAGUUCCGAGUGGAGCGACAGUGUACGGCCAUCUCCAACACCAAGUGUGGCUGUGUCCAGGGCUACAUGUGCAGCAAUGACGCCUGUGAUCAGUGUAUGGCCCAUCGGUCCUGCCUACCGGGUCAAAGGAUCGUCAAAGAAGGCACCUCAAACUCCGAUACCGAGUGCACUGGUUGUGAUGAGGGAAGCUUUUCCAAGACAGAGGGGGAACCAUGCAUACCUUGGACUGACUGCUCAACCAAAGGAAUGUUUGUGACCAGAAACGGCUCCAGCACUCAGGACAGGGAGUGCAGUCCAACUCCUCCCAGGAGCAUCCAGGCCAGAACAUACACCGCAAGCACAAGCACAAGCUCCACAACACCGCAACACAGCCCACAGUUCAAAGUGUAUCCGGAAAAGGAUGCAAAUGUUCUAGGAAUCCUGGCGGCGUUCCUGGUGCCGUGCCUGUUCAUCCCGUUCACCAUGUUCGCUGUGAUUUUGACCAGGAAACGGCACAAAAGGAUGCCCAAAAAAGAUGAUACCCCUGUGGCCCAGACAGAGGAUGAUGCCUGUAGCUGUCACUAUCCUGUGAAAGAGCUGGGAGACGAUAGCACAGACUCUUCUCAGGACAGUUUGCUCACAGUAUGACCAAACCCAGAUCAUCCUGGACCAUCCUAUCACAGUGCAACCAAUCCUAGACCAGACGUCGCUGGGAACACGCAGCAGGUUAGGCAGCAUCUAU